CGAAAAACAUGGCGUCGCUGUCGGGCGAGCGUUGGAGAGAAGAGCUACCCGGCCAUGAAAUUAUUAAAAAACUACAAGAUAGGCUUCAUUUAGAGCCUCAGGGCACCAGCAGAAGAAUAGCGAAGAACCUUACCUUCUGCGUGAAUGGGGACUUUUUCAUAUGGGACAAUGUAGAGAGCGUGUUUCAUACAACAAACCUCCGGCAGCUGAACUCGGAGGAGGCUCUGGACAACAAAUAUCAGACUUUGCUGUGUAUCAACCCACCCCUGUUUGAAGUGUGUCAGGUUCUGCUCAGCCCCACUCAGUAUCAUGUGGCUCUCAUUGGUCAGCGCGGGGCCACAGUGCUCGAGUUGCCACAGCGCUGGGGCAAGAAGUCAGAGUUUGAAGGUGGACGCCUUGAGAUAAACUGCAAGACUAUUCCUGUGGCUGAGCGCUUCUUCACCAGCUCGACUUCUAUAACCCUGCGGCAGGCUGCUUGGUACCCCAGCGAGACAGAGGAUCCCCACCUGGUGCUUCUGACCUCAGACAACACCAUCAGAUUCUACAAUCUCAAAGAACCUCAGACCCCUGCCAGAGUGCUUCCUGUGUCUCAGUCAGAGGAAGAGACCAGCGUCCACACAAGAGGACGCUCCUACGCAGCCUCUCUGGGUGAGAUCGCCGUGGCAUUUGACUUUGGCCCACUGGUGGACGCCCCCCGCCAGCUAACCAGCCAGCGGCUUAAGGAAGACCUGCUGGUGUUCCCCUUAUACAUCCUCUACGAGAACGGAGAGACCUUUCUGAGCUACACAUCUCUCACUCACACUAAUCUGGGGAAGCUGCUGGGUCCUCUGCCAAUGUACCCUGCUGCUGAGGAUAACUACGGCUACGACGCAUGCGCUGUGCUCUGUCUGCCCUGUGUACCCAAUAUCCUUGUGAUUGCCACGGAAACUGGCAUGUUGUAUCAUUGUGUGGUGCUGGAGGCUGAGGAGGAGGAUGAUGGUGGAGCAGUAGAGAGGUGGUCUCGGGGCUCUGAGACCGUACCUUCACUCUACGUGUUUGAGUGUGUAGAACUGGAGCUCACUCUAAAGCUGCCUGCCGGAGAGGAGGAGGAGCUAGCAGAGUCGGAUUUCACCUGCCCAAUCAGAUUACACAGAGAUCCUCUGUGUCAGCAUAGAUAUCACUGCACUCAUGAGGCAGGCGUUCACAGCGUGGGGCUCACAUGGUUUAACAAACUCCACAAAUUCCUGCAGUCAGAUGAGGAGGAUAAGGACAGCCUGCAGGAGCUGGCAGCUGAGCAGCGCUGCAUAGUAGAACACAUCCUCUGCACCAGACCCCUAUCCAGCAGUUUGCCAGCUCCAGUGCGAGGUUUCUGGAUUGUGUCUGAUCUUUCAUUGGGUGCCACCAUGAUCUGCAUCACCAGCAACUACGAGUGUCUGCUGCUCCCUCUGCUAAGUUCUAUUCGUCCUCCAUCUCCUCCUCUGUUGUGCUCCCGUGUGGGGCUGGGCGAGGGGUCUGGGAGCUCCCCCCUGCGUGGACUGGCCGAUGACUCGUUCGAGCAGCACAUCAGGAACAUAUUGGCACGCAGCUCCACCAACCCACUGAUGCUGAGGUCGGGGGAUAAGGACUCGUCCUCUCCCACUCCAGAGUGUUUGCAGCUGCUGAGCAGAGCCACACAGGUCUUCCGUGAGGAAUACAUACUCAAGUUGGACCUUGCCCGCGAGGAAAUGCAGAGACGAGUCAAACUGCUGACGGGUCAGAAGAACAAGCAGCUGGAGGACCUGGCACUGUGCAGGGAGGAGAGAAAGAGCCUGAGGGAGGCAGCAGAGCGUCUGGCUGACAAGUACGAAGAUGCCAAAUAUCGGCAGGAGGCCAUUAUGAACAGGAUGAAGCAGGUUCUGGGCAGCCUGCGCAGUCAGCUUCCUGUGCUCUCUGACAGCGAGAAGGACAUGAGGAAAGAGCUGCAGACCAUCAAUGACCAGCUCCGUCACCUAGACAACAGCAUCACACAGGUCAGCAUGAAGAAGGAGUACCAGACGAAGCAGAUGGUUAAAGGCUUGUCUCCAGCUCGACCCACCAUCACGCUGAAUGCCCACCAGAGGAAGUGUAUUCAGGGUGUCUUGAAGGAGCAGGGUGAGCACAUCGCUGAUAUGAUGAAACAAAUCAAGGACAUCAAGAACCAUUUCAGUUUCUGAAAAGUGACCAGUGAUCGCUGACCACAUCCACACAAAUCCACUUAUGAACCCACGUUACAAAACCCACAUAGGAAUAUGUUGCCAAAUAUAUUCACAGUACAAUGUAUUUGGUCCACUGUGCUCAGAUAACAGUACAGUCAUUUCCUGUUAGGGACAGUGUCUUAUCUUGAACUGUCGAGAGGGUAUCCUGAGGCCAUAAGACAAGCUGACACUUCCCCAUACAAGCAGAUUAAACAAGUUUUUAUACGUUUUGUGCAUCUCUUUGGAGAAUAAAAUGUUUUGUAUAUUUGAG